AUGGAGACAAUGAAGCUUGUAUCUGUAACGGCACUGUGGUUUGACAACAGCAGUGCAACCCUAUCCGGUCCAUCAGAGCCUCCAAUCUCUGCAGAAUGGGAUAUCAUCCACACAGUCAUUCCCCCGUACAUCUUCAUCUUAUCCCUGGUAGGCCUUCUCUUUAAUGGCUUUGUCCUGGGUGUGUUCAUCGUUCAUAAGGAUCAACUGACUGUAGCAGAGAUCUACUUGAGCAACCUGGUGCUGGCUGACUUUAUUCUCCUGUGCAGCCUCCCUUUCUGGGCGAUGUACAUCCUCAACGAAUUUAACUGGCCAUAUGGAGACUCCUUAUGCAAACUGGUCAACUCCGUCAUCAUCAUCAAUUUUUACACCAGUAUAUUCACCUUGGUCAUGAUUAGUGUUGACCGCUAUCUGGCACUGGUGAAGACCAUGAAGGCCAGGUGGCUGAGACGGACACAGUAUGCCAAGUUGAUUUGCUUCAUUCUGUGGAUGUUAGGGCUCUUACUGAGCACACCAACUAUUGUUCACAGAAGGGUUAAGUUCAUGGAUGAGUACAAUACAAUGUCCUGUAUACUGGAUUAUAGUCAUGACAGCUCUUGGAAGUUGGCCCAUCAGAUUCUGAUGAAUGUGGUGGGCUUUGUACUCCCUGUUCUGGUUAUUGUUUUCAGUAGUGGGAACAUAAUCAAGGCUUUAGCACAGAGAAAGGAGACUGUAGGUUUUCAUGAUGCUAAUGACACCAAGGCCACAGUACUGGUGUAUGCUGUCACACUACUAUUCUUAUUGUGUUGGGGUCCCUACCAGGUCUUCACUUUCCUCGACACACUCUGUGAUAUCCAUGUGUUGGAUGAGAUAUUGUGGUUUCACACUCUAGACAUAGGAGGCCAGUUUUCAGUGUAUCUGGCCUUUCUCAACAGUGCCCUCAACCCUUUGCUGUAUGUCAUCUCUGGGCAAUAUUUCAGAAAGAAGGUUAGUGCCAUCUACAGGAGGACUAAAUAUCAUCGCAGAGGAUCAGAUAUGACCACAUAUCAGCGUUCAGUUGUGUCCACUUACAUCAACAGACCAGAGCAAAUUAAGCCUGUGGUAAUUUUUAAAGCAUAG